CUAGCGUAUAUCUGUUCUUACGACACGGCCGCCCAGUGUUACCGAGUGAUUUACCCUGGACUUUAUAUAUAUAUAUAGUGUGUGGCCAGAUGUAGCCGUGUGUUUACUCCAGCCGUGUGUACUGACCCGUUUAGUCACCCUCGCAGUGUUUACCAUGCGAUUUUAAACUGAAAAUUAACUUUAUUUAUCUAUGAGAUAUUAUUUAACAGAUAAAUUCGAAAGAAAAAAAUUGCCAAAUUUAUUCCAAUGAUUUAUACAGGAGGUGCUCCGGAGAGCAGUAUGGCUUAUAAUCCAUUUUUUCUCCAAAGACCUACCGACUAUAGUUCUUUGUUGGCUCAGCAGCAUUACUUGUCAAACAUAGCCCUUCACUCUCCUAACUAUGCAGCAUCCUUACUACCCAAGCUACAGCAGAGUAUGGGGCGCGGUCCCCUCACCCCCGGGGAUAUGUUCCAUCCUCUCCAUCCCCGCCAGCUCCGGAGUCUGGAGCCCCCGGAGGCUGAUGUCCAGGACGACCCCAAGGUGGAGCUGGAAGGCAAAGACCUUUGGGAACAAUUCCACAAUAUCGGCACCGAGAUGGUCAUCACAAAGUCCGGCCGGCGGAUGUUUCCUCCAUUUAAAGCCAGAGUAUCUGGACUAGACAAGCGAGCCAAGUACAUCCUACUGAUGGAUAUUGUUCCCGUGGACGACUGUCGCUACAAGUUCCACAAUUCCCGCUGGAUGGUGGCCGGAAAAGCGGACCCGGAAAUGCCUAAACGAAUGUACAUCCACCCCGACUCCCCCAACACCGGUGAACAGUGGAUGCAAAAAGUCGUUUCCUUUCACAAACUCAAACUCAGCAACAACAUAUCUGACAAACAUGGGUUUGUAAGUAUCACCAUACUGAAUUCCAUGCACAAGUACCAGCCUCGUUUCCAUUUGGUGCGCGCCAACGACAUCCUCAAAUUACCCUACUCCACAUUCCAAAGCUUUGUCUUUAAGGAGACGGAAUUCAUUGCUGUUACUGCCUACCAAAAUGAAAAGAUAACACAGCUGAAGAUAAACCACAACCCCUUCGCUAAAGGCUUCAGGGAUACCGGAGGCGGCAAACGGGAAAAAAAGAAGCCAGCAGGUGGUCCUCCUCUUUCUCAGUCGGCACAGCAACAUUCGAUCUCACCCGAUAAGGGCCGAGCUGAUGAUCUCCAUAGCGACGACGAAGACAACGAGGACACAGAGAUCUGUGUUGAUGAAAACGACGACGUCACACCUGACGUCAGUUCAGCUAUGGAACUAAAGGACAUUAUGGAAACAGAAAAAGAACGUCAUGCUCUAAAGACAUCCUCUCCCAUCAGCCACCAUUCCAGUGACAAUGAGGAUCGGUCACCGCGCCCUACCCCCCGGGAUGAGGUGUUUCGGCCUGACAUUUCCUCUAGUCUAUCCCCCGUGUCCUCCAUCCCAAACCACAACCAUUCCGACGUGCUAAAUAGCACUCUGAGGAGCAGUCUUGACGGCGGGGACAGCAGUGACGACUCCAUUCGGGACGAUCGCCGUCUUUCGCCCAAGUCUCCCCAUAUAUCGCACAAAUCGGAUUCGGACAUAACAAUACCAAAAGCUCCGAAUAGACCACCAAACGUCACAGUUGUUCAACCCUCCGCCACUCACGCAAUGUUCCCGUUUAUGUAUCCAUCCGCAGGACUAUUCUCAUCCUCGUCAUCACUUCCGUUUCCAUUGGGACAUAUGUUUUUCAACUCGAGUGGUUCAUCACUACCGUUUGCAACUCAGUUACCAUUUUUCGCCUCAGGACAAACAGACAUGAACAACCUACCUACCAAUCACCCACUGUCUCUAUCACUCAACGGGCUUACACCACCUCGUGGUCACAAUCUACUACAACCCGUGUUCUCAACUGGAAGUUCAUCAUUACAAGGAAACGGAAGUUUAUCGCCCUCUGACGGCCCUAGUCUUGGACCAAUUUUCCCUUCUCGUUCUAAUCCACGUUUUACACCAUACUCACUACCGUCCACAAAAACUACAAUGGCCACGUCGACGUCACCGAUAUCAGCAACCGGACAUCCGCUUCGGGACUCUGCCGUCAGCCCCGGAACUGUGUCCCCGCGCAUGAACGGAAUACCUAGUGCUACAUCAUCAACAGCGAGAAGUCCCAUCUCUCUGAACAUUCCAUCUGCUUUUGACACAAACAAUCACAGUAAUGAACUCAGGAAUAUGGAGCGCAUGCUCAGUGGGUUGGAAAGGCAUCGUCUCUACGGAUUGGCUUCGUCAGAGAAAUGACAAAUACCAACCAAGGGGCCUACAUGGCGCCCCUUCGAGUAACCACGGGUAUCUGCCGUCUGUGGCCAUCACAAACUUUAACAAAGAAACUGCAGCAAUGUUGUACUUUGUGAGUGAAUGGCACCACGUGAUGAAGGGCGGUGUGUUGUUGUGACGGUAAUACGACUCGGUAGUCGGAGAUGGACGGUUUACGUCAAAGUGCUUGUUUUAACCGAUAUAACUAUGCAGCAGAUGCUGCGUCAUCGGUGUGACGUCACGCCGCGAUGUAACACUGUCGAGUCAUGAUUGCGUGUACAUGUUUAAGUGUCUGUGAUACGUGCCCUGUACAGGGCGCUAUAGAACUAAGUCAUAUACUGUUUGUUGUCACGGUAACACUUAAGACGGUUCCUGUUGAUAUUGUCAGUGAAGUUUGUUGUUGAUGACGUCACGGCUAGUUGUGUGUGUAUUUAUAAGGACGGUCGGACAGACAGUGGAAUGCUCGUGUUGUGUUUACAGGGCGAUGUGCAAUAUUGCGUUCCUCGUGUACUGAGUUAAAUAAAAUAUGUAUUUAA